AUGACCUCAAAUCAACAUAUUGGUGUUCGUCUUUCGCAGGUGUGUAAAUCGACUGUCCACCAACACUUGGCCAACUUAAUCAAUAAAGCCACAGAUUACAGAUUUAGUAUUUCGUGUAAACGUGCGAAGAUUGAAUUAAUUCUGCGAUAA